GAGGUGGAGGCGCCGGGCGCGGGGUUGCGCCGUACUAGCGGUGCCCGCCGGGGGGAGGAGGCGGAGGAGCUGCGCGGCCAGAGCGGGAAAGCCGCUCGCCUCGGCGUCGGAGUUGUGGCGCGGCCGCAGCUCGGCUCCUGGGGCCGAGAGGCGAAGGGGCGUCUGCUGUCCCGUCAGGUUCCCAUCGGAGCGACCCGCGCGAUCGGGGAGAGGGUGAAGAUGGAGGGGGAGGGCGGCGGCGGCGGCGGCGGCGCCGGCACCAGCGGGGACAGCGGCGAAGGCGGCGAGCGGCUCCUCACUGUCAAGCACGAGCUGCGGACCGCCAACUUAACAGGACAUGCAGAGAAGGUGGGAAUUGAAAAUUUUGAGCUGCUGAAGGUCCUAGGAACUGGAGCUUAUGGGAAAGUAUUUCUAGUUCGUAAAAUAAGUGGUCAUGAUGCUGGAAAGCUGUAUGCCAUGAAAGUUUUGAAAAAGGCAACAAUAGUUCAAAAGGCUAAAACUACAGAGCAUACAAGGACAGAGCGACAAGUUCUGGAGCACAUUAGACAGUCACCAUUUUUGGUGACAUUGCACUAUGCUUUCCAGACAGAGACCAAGCUUCAUCUCAUCUUAGAUUAUAUAAAUGGUGGAGAACUUUUUACUCAUCUUUCUCAAAGAGAGCGUUUCACAGAGCACGAAGUGCAGAUCUAUGUUGGAGAGAUCGUGCUUGCCCUGGAACACCUGCAUAAGUUGGGGAUUAUAUACCGUGACAUUAAGCUUGAAAAUAUUCUACUUGAUUCUAAUGGCCAUGUGGUGCUGACAGAUUUUGGUCUGAGUAAGGAGUUUGUGGCUGAUGAAACCGAAAGAGCAUAUUCUUUUUGUGGAACUAUUGAAUACAUGGCACCAGAUAUUGUCAGAGGGGGUGAUUCGGGACAUGACAAGGCAGUUGACUGGUGGAGUUUAGGUGUUCUAAUGUAUGAGCUACUAACUGGAGCAUCUCCUUUCACUGUUGAUGGAGAAAAAAACUCCCAGGCUGAGAUAUCUAGGAGAAUCUUAAAGAGUGAGCCUCCAUAUCCCCAGGAAAUGAGUGCUGCAGCUAAAGACCUGCUUCAGCGUCUUUUGAUGAAAGAUCCCAAGAAGCGAUUGGGAUGUGGCCCAAGGGAUGCGGAGGAAAUCAAAGAACACCUCUUCUUUCAGAAAAUAAAUUGGGAUGACUUAGCUGCCAAAAAAGUGCCUGCGCCCUUCAAGCCAGUGAUCCGGGAUGAGCUUGAUGUGAGCAACUUCGCUGAGGAGUUCACAGAGAUGGACCCUACCUACUCUCCAGCUGCCCUGCCCCAGAGCUCUGAGCGCUUGUUUCAGGGCUAUUCCUUUGUUGCUCCUUCCAUCCUCUUCAAGCGCAAUGCAGCUGUCAUAGAUCCUCUUCAAUUCCAUAUGGGAGUUGAACGUCCUGGAGUAACAAAUGUUGCCAGGAGUGCAAUGAUGAAGGACUCACCAUUCUAUCAACACUAUGACCUAGAUCUGAAGGACAAACCUUUGGGAGAAGGAAGUUUUUCAAUUUGCAGAAAGUGCGUGCACAAAAAAACUAACCAAGCAUUUGCCGUCAAAAUAAUAAGCAAAAGAAUGGAAGCCAAUACUCAGAAAGAAAUAACAGCUCUGAAACUCUGUGAAGGACACCCCAACAUUGUGAAGCUACAUGAAGUUUUCCAUGAUCAGCUUCAUACAUUCCUUGUGAUGGAGCUUCUGAACGGGGGAGAACUGUUUGAGCGCAUCAAGAAAAAGAAGCACUUCAGCGAGACUGAGGCGAGCUACAUCAUGCGGAAGCUUGUCUCGGCUGUGAGCCACAUGCAUGAUGUUGGGGUAGUGCACAGAGACCUGAAACCUGAGAAUUUAUUGUUCACUGAUGAAAACGACAAUUUGGAAAUUAAAGUAAUUGACUUCGGGUUUGCACGCCUCAAGCCACCUGACAACCAGCCGCUCAAGACUCCAUGCUUCACCCUUCACUAUGCAGCACCAGAGCUCUUGACGCACAAUGGCUAUGAUGAGUCCUGUGACCUAUGGAGCUUGGGUGUCAUCUUGUAUACAAUGCUGUCAGGGCAGGUUCCAUUCCAGUCUAAUGACAGAAGUUUAACAUGCACUAGUGCAGUAGAAAUCAUGAAGAAAAUUAAAAAGGGAGAUUUUUCCUUUGAAGGAGAAGCAUGGAAGAAUGUAUCCCAAGAGGCUAAAGAUUUGAUUCAAGGACUUCUUACAGUUGAUCCAAAUAAAAGGCUAAAAAUGUCUGGCUUGAGAUACAAUGAAUGGCUUCAGGAUGGCAGUCAGCUGUCCUCUAAUCCUCUGAUGACUCCAGACAUUCUGGGAUCUUCAGGAGCCGCUGUGCACACCUGUGUGAAAGCAACCUUUCAUGCCUUUAACAAAUACAAAAGAGAAGGGUUUUGCCUUCAGAAUGUGGAUAAGGCCCCAUUGGCUAAGAGGAGGAAAAUGAAGAGGACAAGCACCGCACAGAGACGCGGAGCAGCUCCAGUGAGAGCUCCCGCUCGUCCUCCUCCCAUUCCCAUGGCAAAACGACACCCACCAAGACACUGCAGCCCAGCAACCCCACAGACAGCAGUAACCCGGAAACGCUCUUCCAGUUCUCGGACUGAGUGCUGUGGGACGUGGGCGGCCCUCGCUAACCCUUACACCUUACUUCCCUCAGCAUGUGCCUGAGGUAUGUUCUGUGCUUUAAAGAGAUGUGUCCCCUUGUUCUCAUUGGAAUCUGCCUCGUAAUGAAUAUUUUUCGGGAAACCUGUCUGGUUAUCCUUGUCCAAAAGCACUGGACAGACAGCAUUACUGUGAAUAGAGGACACAUGAUACUUUUUUAGUGGACUAGCAUGAUACCAGCUCAAGAUUCUUCUUGAAACAGCAAAGGUUUCUGUAAUUUUAGUAAGUGGUUAGAUAAGUCAUGGAUUUUUCACCUGUCUGCCAAGAAGACUUGAUGACUUCUGCCAUGCCUGGUGGGCAAGGAAGCUUUUUAAGAGACUUGCACCCUCUGGGUAGCAAUUUACCAGAGAUAAAGGUCUGUUUUUGAAAAAGAUGCUAUAAUGAAUUUUAUGUGUGGCUUGUUUCUUAAAAGAGAAUUUUAACUUAUUGUUUUUAUUUUAUGGUCAUAUAUGCUGAUAACCUGCUAUUAUUAAUCUUUUUCUAAAAAGCAAAAAAAAAUAUAUAUAUAUAUAUAUUUAAGAACUUAAGGUCCUAUGCUCUGCACUUGGGACCCAUCUGAGAUGCAUGCUAAGCUAUGUUUAUUUUAAUUUUGCACUGCCCUUUCCUGGCAGUUUGUUUUAAUGGUUAUUGCAGGAGUUAAGGUACAUGUCUCUUGGUUUUAUGUAAUAUGGCACUUUAUAAAAUAGUAUGAGUAUUGUAGUCUGUCUUAUAAGGUGCACUGUUUAAAGCAUAUGUACUGUAUUUUUGCCAUUCUUUUCACUAUCUAAUUUGUCCUCACAUCCCUCUUCUGCUUUCUAAGCAGCAAGUAGAACGGGAUGGUUGUACAUGAUUCCUUAGCCACUUAUGCACCAAUAUGAGGAAAAGUAAAGGGAAAUUAAACUCAACACUGUGCUUCAUAUCUGUACACUGUGUUGCACUACAGUGAGGCAUUUUCUCCUGUAGUCAUAUAUUAUGUAUAUAAUAUUUUAGAACCUUACCUAUACUUGUUUUGAAAUGUUUCUGUUAAAUUUUAAAUCCACAAAGCAUUUUAUAAACUUAUGCAGAGCACUUUUAUUGCUCAAAAGUUCUGAAUUCAUACAGAAAACAAGUGCUAUGCCAUGAAGACAUUUCACUGAAAGACUGCUGUAUUUUAAAAUACAAAGUAAUUAAUUCCCUAUGCAAGAAAAGAAAUUAUAGGAUUUGUAUGGUUUUUUUUUUUCUUUAAAGCCAUUACAUGGAAUGUCAGGACUCCAAAAAAUGAUCUCCACUAUGUUUACAAGAAUCAUGCUUAAAAAGAUACUGCCCAACAUGCUUAUUUUACAGUUUUGUUAGUAAUAAUUUCUUCAGCAUUAGUUUGGAAUUUGGACACAAUACCUACUUAUCUCUUUCUUAAGAUUAUGGCAGCAUUAAUUUCAAGCAGUUAUGAAUACUAAAAAUACUGCAUUCUGUGUAAUGGUAGUAUAUUUAUUACUAAAUCAGUGUAUAUAUUAAAAAUAUAGGCAACAAAAUGGUAAAUAUUAAAAUAUUUUCAAAACAUUAUAUUAUCCUGUUCACUUUUUGUUCACAGUACAGUAGUUACCGGGGAUAUUUUUUGAUACUCUGACUGGCCAAAUGGCUAUAUAAUUCUCAUUGAGUCAAUAAAAAUUUUGUACUCCUAGUUUUCAGUCAUUUCUAGUCAUGAUAAGAAACUGUGUGAAUUAUUAAUAAACUGUAGCCAUUUCAACAAAAUGUGAUGCCUUUGGGCACAGGUUUUUAAUAAGAAUAUGUCCACUUAUUUUUACACUGGAUAUACCUGGGUUAUAUUUGGAAAUGUAUAAGUUAGUUCUUGGAGUUAUUUAUUGUAUAUCCUGGUAGGAACUAUGAGUUUCAAAGUACAAACUAAGGAGACUGUUUUGCCAACAGAAAGUAACCCACAAAAGUGUUUCAGCGUUCCCUCAUGAUUGAUUAGUUCAUAGUGAAUAUUGGAAAUUGAUGGUUUUUCAUUUCUUCACCUUGUGUCUUCUGGAGGAUUUGAUAGACACUGAAAUGGGCAAAAGUAGCGUAAGAAGAAGAGAUAAGGCUAUGUGAACUGGUGAGCCUAACUGAGUCAUCUAGAGGGAGCUUGUGGAAAGACAUCAGGAGACUUCAGGAAGAUGCUGCCACGGUCAGGCGAUUUAUAGGCACUUGAAAGGCAGUACCUAACGAUCCCUUGCAGAGUCUGUGUUAGUGGACAGCAAGGUGUCCUUUAAGAAUCGCAGACCUUCCGUUUGGUCACUUCAAAAUUAAACAGUCAAAAUGCUACAUACAAAAAUACUAAGUGGGGCCUGGAGGAGAUGGCAGCAGUUAAGACAGACGCUGCUCUUGGCAGAAGGAUGUGAGCUCCACUUCCAGCAUCCAUGUCACACAGCUUGCAACAGCCUGGAACUCCAGCUCCAGGACAUGCCAUGCCUGCUUCUGGUGCACCAAAAUAAUAAAAUUAAAGUAGGUCAACGAAAAAUCAAUAUCUACUUUAAAUUUCCUUUAUGACAAUAGUUUGGGGAAUAGAGUCAAGUCAUCCUACCCUUCUUUAUUGAUUAUACUGUGUGUAACUUAUGCUAAUGAAUAUCCCGAGUCACACAUUUUAUAAUUGCAUUGAAAGGCAAGGAUAAUAAGAAAAGGGAUGUGAGAGGGAACAAGACUAAAGGAGACCAGUUCUUCUAAUCACUGUGGCAGGUCCAGUUGCUGAAUGAAGUAAUUUAGCUCUCUUGAAAUCCAUCAUUUCUCCAAGCCUCUAUAAAAAAAAAACAUUUAACUAUUGGAAUGAAGUGAAUUUCAACAUGAUUAUCUGUCUUGAAGUUGCAGGCUCAUUUGUGCAUGAAAACUGCCUUUUUCUUUUGAGAUUACUGCUAAUUAAGUUAUUAUGCAAAUGGCUAUAUUUUAAAUGUAAGGCAAUUAUUUUAAAGAAUCCUACUAGGGUAACA